AUGUAUAUACAAAUAAAAUGCAGAGUUGUAUCCCAAGGGCUGGGCAACUUAGUAUAUGUGUGUAUUAAACCCUUUCGCUUCUCUCUUCUUUUCUCUUUCACCAUCACCCACUUUAGACCCCACCACCACCCCUUUACUUGGCGCAUGAAGUCUGAAGUCCCUGCGAGCUUUGAAGCAGUCGUGGUCUCAACCAAGUUUUUUUUUGGAAGUGGUCUUGAAACCAGCUCAUUUAACUUGGUGAUAGGCAUCUCCUUAAUGACACCAGCACUCUUAUAUCUUCCCAGCCACCUUUACACUCCUUUUGGGCUGCACAGGCACAGGGAUAUGCUUAGCCCAAGAGGGUUCUGA